UGAUCAUAACAAAAUAUAGUGACAAUGUUUAUUUAUUUGUAGAUCAAUUUAAAUUUGUUGUAACAUAACUUGUAAGAGUUAACUGUUAACCACCACAAAUAUUGAAAUUAAAUUGUUAUAAAUAUAUUGUGCAAUUAAUUAUUAGAUAUUAAUUUGUAUUUUUAAAAUUAACUAUUUAAAUAUACUUAUUAACUGUUGUACAGUGUCAUUAAGAAACACUGUGACCCAACAUGAGUUUAAAGUACAAAUCGCCAUUAAUAAGGUCCAGGAAUACAUCUACCACUUCAGAUAGCUCAUCGCCUUUUCCAAAUGUAGAAUCGUCAUCAAGUCCAAUUAACAAAACAUUAAAGGAUAAUAUUUUGCUGUACGACAACACUCCUCAACAAUCACCUGUCAAACAGAAUUGGCGAGGACGUGGCAGUAGUUCACCGAGGUUCAAUAGUCCAAGAUCCAGAGGGAGAGGAGGAUCACCAUACCAAUGGACUCCCAACAGAUUUAACAACAGCAGCAGUUCAGAUCACAACAAUUCAUAUGGUUAUAUGCCUCGCGAACAAAAUAGUUAUUCCUCAUACAGACCACAAUUUAAUGAAYAUAAUAAUCAAAAUCCUAAUAGUUGUAAAAAAUGGAAUAAUGUUAAUAGUGAUGAAAGCUAUUUUCAUCCAUCAAUGUUGGAAGAUCCGUGGGCAUCAUUGAUAAAUAAUACAGAAGAUAGUCAUUCAAUAUGAAUAAAUAAUAUUAGCUGUAUUACUACCAGUGAUUUUUUAUCUUCGUAUUCAUUAAGUUUAAGUAUUUAGCUAUUGUAUUAUAAAAAG